AUAUGGACCGCCCGGUCCUCAACUUUGUUCGUAUAUAAACCGAAAACCGUGUGCUCUUAGUCGUACAAUCAUCCCAUUCGAAGUAAGUGGACCGGUUCGAUUUGUACACUCCAAGAAUAUAAGGAAACAAUGUCGUUUAAACAUUUAAUCGUAGUGGUCUGCCUGAUGGUUGCUAUUAAGGCAAUUUCAGUGCCUACUUAUCCUUCAGGUCCUUCAUAUCCGUCGGCUCCUACAUACAAACCAGCCUUAACAUAUAAGCCAGCACCAGCAUAUCUCUCAGCUCCAUCUUAUUCCCCACGUCCAUCAUAUGCUUCAGCGCCAACUUAUGCACUAGCACCAACAUAUGCACCGCCACCAUCUUAUUCGCCAGCACCAUUGUAUUCGCCUGCACCAUCAUACUCACCUGCACCAUCAUAUGCACCUGCACCUUCAUAUUCACCAGCACCAUCGUAUCAACCUGCACCUUCGUAUCAACCAGCACCAUCGUAUCAACCAGCACCAUCGUAUCAACCAGCACCAUCGUAUCAACCAGCUUAUAAGCAAUACGAACCAGAGUACACACCAAGACCAUAUAACUUUGAAUACUCUGUUAACGACUAUUACACCGGUGAUGUUAAAAGCCAAGCUGAAUACAGUGACGGUAAGAAUGUCAAGGGUUACUACAGUUUGAUUGAGCCUGAUGGCACCAAGAGGAUUGUCGAGUACACCGCUGACGAAAACGGUUUUAAUGCUGUAGUUAAGAAAGAAGGUACACCAACUUAUGCACCCGCUCCAGCUUACAACAAACCAGCACCAGCCUACAAGCCAGCACCUUCUUAUGCGCCAGCUCCAACGUACGCGCCUGCGCCAGCUUACCCAUAGACUCCAAUUUUAAGACUCACUCCUAGUGAUACUUUUCCGAUGGCUAAAAUGCCAUCAUGUAUAAAACCAUUAGAGAUUAAGCUACUAUUCUUGUCAUUGUCUGUCAGUAUUAAGUAUUUUUUUAUUCGUACACAAAAUUAUGCUAGUGUAAUUUUAUUGACACUGUAACUGUCAUAAUAAAGUGUACAUAAAUCUUGUAUGUAAUGUUUAACAUACAAUUUGUUUUGUUUUUACUUCUGCUUGCUUUAUUUUCGCUACUAUUUUAUAAUGCUAAUAAAAUAAAAUAUAAAACAAAAUGAAAAAAAAAAACUACUUAAAUACUUAUUUACUUAUUUU